UCACAGACUAAAAUAAAGAUUUUGUUUUUAAUUUUAAAUCGAGUUUCACAUGACGACUAUUAAUAUUACGUUAGAAAGGCGGGUGUGAGAAGAAAUCCAUGUAAAUGUAAUGUCCUUCAGAUCUUCUAUGUUUUCAUCGUUCACGGCGACAGGAAUUGCCUUCGCAGUGGACUUGUUGGAAGAUUCGCCUAAACAAGAUAGGCUGCUCAAAAAGCUUCCCUUAAAAAAUUAUAAAAUGGAUAAAGUUACCAUUUUCCGCAGUAGUUGGAGCGUUGCCAAUUGUGGCAGCAGCCUGAGAUGGAACAGGUUCUCCAACAAAACGUCGACAUGCUUCAACUAUCAUCUCCAGCCAUUUUCGCUGUCCACUUAAGAAUGAAAACUUCUCCUGGCACUUUACAAAUCGUCCCAAAUAUUCAGCAAUGGUCUCGCCAGCUUCCAUCAUUUCAGCAUUAAAAUUUUUACGUAUAUCUUCCUCAAUGGAAGUUAUGGAUGCAUCGUCCAAUUUGGCGAUCACAAUGGCACAAUUGUAGUCACAGAAGAUCAGAUUCUUUUUAAUCAACACUGGAAUUGACGCGUUGAAAUGUUCCUCAAGAAGCUUAAAGAAAUCAUCCCCAGAUGAUUUAAGAAUAUUUGUGGAAAAUUGUUCGUCUGCCAUUUCACUUGAGAUUUGCACUUUUAAACAGCAUCACACCACUGUUUAAUCGGUCAGUGCUUGCAACAAUAGUUUUGAAAACAAUACCAUUAGACGUCGAAAUUAUAAUGUGUGAGGAGCAAAAAUGUGAGGACUAGACUGGUCUAUACUAUUGUGCUCCUCACACAUUAUAAUUUCGACGUCUAAUGGUAUUGUUUUCAAAAACUAUUGUUGCAAGCACUGACCGAUUAAACAGUGGUGUGAUGCUGUUUAAAAGUGCAAAUCUCAAGUGAAAUGGCAGACGAACAAUUUUCCACAAAUAUUCUUAAAUCAUCUGGGGAUGAUUUCUUUAAGCUUCUUGAGGAACAUUUGAACGCGUCAAUUCCAGUGUUGAUUAAAAAGAAUCUGAUCUUCUGUGACUACAAUUGUGCCAUUGUGAUCGCCAAAUUGGACGAUGUAUCCAUAACUUCCAUUGAGGAAGAUAUACGUAAAAAUUUUAAUGCUGAAAUGAUGGAAGCUGGCGAGACCAUUGCUGAAUAUUUGGGACGAUUUGUAAAGUGCCAGGAGAAGUUUUCAUUCUUAAGUGGACAGCGAAAAUGGCUGGAGAUGAUAGUUGAAGCAUGUCGACGUUUUGUUGGAGAACCUGUUCCAUCUCAGGCUGCUGCCACAAUUGGCAACGCUCCAACUACUGCGGAAAAUGGUAACUUUAUCCAUUUUAUAAUUUUUAAGGGAAGCUUUUUGAGCAGCCUAUCUUGUUUAGGCGAAUCUUCCAAUAACUCUAACAAUCUUCCCACUGUGAAAACCAACAAAAUUGGUCGGGAUGAUUUGUUUAAAAUAAUUGGUGCGCAAAUGAUAUCUGUUUUCAACGAUUCAAAAAGAAUUACGUUGAGUUCGUGGUCGUGGCCAUCUCGGGAAGUUGCAUGUCAAUUAGCAGCAAAUUUCAAAGCCACAGGCACUGCCGGAGCGAACAUAGAUUUGCUGUACAUCAACCCGUCACACCACAGUGAACUGUUAAAUUGUAUUGUACAGAGUGACUUGAAAAGAUUUGAAUCGGUUCUUUCCAGUUCGUUGGCACUAUCUCUCAGACUCGACGGUUCAGUCGACCGUAUGCAAAAGCAUAAUGUAUACGUACUCAUACACGUGAUUACCGAUGUUGGUGAAGUAAAAACGUUUUUCUUGGGGUUCGAUAUUCCAGUAGGCAACAGUGCUCUUUCUUAUCAAAAAGUAACACAGAAUAUUGUCGAUGAAGUUUUGCCGUGGGAAUCACUGCUAUCGAUGACCACUUCAUUAGUUACUGAUGGCGAAAGAAAGAACACAGGUCAUCUUACAGGACUGUGGCAACGACUGAAAGAAGAAAAAGAAGAAAUUUCGGAAGGUCCGUUCAUUACAAUAUGGUGCGUCGGUCAUCGUGUGAACCUAGGGUGGAAGUCAACUUGUCAACUGCCAAUAAUUUCUGAUGUCAUUAGAAAAAUCAUAAAUGUUUCUUCAUAUUUUCAUCAAUCUGGUGAAAAAACAAGACUUCUCGACGCAAUAGCAACAGAAAAAAACCUAAACACUCCAUUACACUACCCAAAGUACUUCGAAAUUCGCUGGUCAGAGUUUACACACAAUUUGUUGUAUGUAUUCCUGAGAAACUGGAAUGCUAUGAUGUGGCAUUUUAAAUCAGCGAAAGAAACUCAUUUCGAAAACUUAUGGCUCUCUCGAGAUAGAAUUCGUUUGGUUGCAUUUUUGUGUGACGUCUUGACUGUACUAAAAACAUUUCAGAAGACCUUCCAGUCAAGCACAAUAUCAAUUUUGCAUUUAUCACCCAAAAAAAUCAAAUUGAUGGAAGAUCUCACAUCGAUAAAAAACAAACAGUUGGAAAAUGGUUGGGAAGAGUUAUUGCUAAAACAAACGGUCACUGCAACUGAUGGCUGUAUUUCCCUGGUAGAUCACAAAUUGAUUUCGAACGAUAGACUUCGUAGUGCCCCGUUUAUGUUUACAACCGAGAACCGAAAUGAAAUUAUUGAUUCACUCAUCACAAACUUAAACGAAUAUUUUGAUGUGGAUGCAACUGUACAAAACGGGCUCGCCCCACUACUUGAGCUUGACCCAAGCGCAACAUACGAUUCCUUAAAUAUUUGCCAUUCAAUAAUUAUACCGGAAAUGGAAUUCGACGUUUUCCGUAUCGAAUACUAUGAGGCUGCUAAUUUACUAAACAUCAAGGACAGAAAAGAUUCGCUACAGAGUGUGCUGAAAUUGGAACAAACUUCCACGAAAAGAUUUAAAGUCUUAAAGUCGGCUUUAGCCAGAGCGUAUGCUAUCAAACCACAUUCUGCUGACGUUGAAAAUAUCAUCAACGUAUACAACAAAUACAAGGACGUCGACCGACAGUUACUUUCGAAAAAAACUCUUUUCAACAACAUCUAUGUGCACACAAAUAUGUGUACAUUGAUCGAGUUCGAUCCCACUCCAGCUGCAGAGUAUUGGUUGAACCAAAAGGAUCGCAAACCAAGAUAUGGAACCAAAUCCACUCAGCAAGAGUGGUAUAGUGGGGUGUUUCCGGAAGCAAAACAUUACGAUAGACCCAAUUCGCGAAAAAUUCAGUUUUGAUCAAUGUUUUGGCUUUCGUAAUUUGAAAUAAAGUUAUAAAUUCUGCGUUUGUUCAAUUUUUCAUUUUUUUCAAAUUUUCCCAAAU